AUGGUCACCACCAACGCCCACAGACUGUGGGUCGUGCAGCCCGAUGUGCCCUCUCCACAGCCGUCGACCCCCUCUGGUCAGCCGGCCUCCAAGACCCACGGUCCCUCUCACCACGCUGCUCACAACGGUAAGCUGAUUGGAGUGGUGUCGCUGACCGACAUUCUCAAUAUAGCCAAUAGCUCUGUCGAGAUGAUACAUCCAUUAAAUACUGUAGAACAGACUAUUCUCACACUGUUAAGGUACUCUUAG